ACCGGCUUCCAGGGAGGGGUUUUUUUUUUUGGCGCCAAAGUGGGGAGUUCGUUAUUUGGGCAGCGAAAGGGCGCAGAUUUAAAAACCAUGCUGUAGGAAGGGCCAGAGGCGACUAGAGAAUUUGUUUAAGAAGGGGAAACGUCGUGAGGGAAGGGAAGAUAACGGCCUGGAAAAGAUAUACUAGGCCAAGAUGGAUGAGAAGAUCAGACAACAACAAAAACGACUGGCAUCUCGUCUGCAGCUUAGACCAGAGGACACAGAUGUACCACAUAUGGUGAAAGGAAAGUUUAUUAAGCUUGAACAAACUUCUAGAACUGCAGAAGAUGAAUAUCCACCAUUAUUUCCAGGAGAGAUUUCUCCAGAUCUCCGCACAGCUGUUUACAGAACAGAUACUGCAAGAAAAUGUAAAACAAAAAACAAAGAAGGAAAGAUGGCCUUUGACUAUGUUUUCUCAAGAAUACAAAAGGGAAGAACAAAACCAGUUGUUGAGCAAGCUACAGAAGUGACUGAGUGGGACCAAUGCAGGAGCUUGGAAUAUUCUCAUCUGAAAAAUGAGAGCAGAGAGAAACUUUCUGUUACUCCUUUUCAUGAAUAUUCUAGCUGUACUACUGGUGCAUCUAGUUUUGUUGAAAAUGAAGAUCAAGAAGAGACUGAAGUGCAAACUGUUUCCAAACAAUUAAGUUGCCACAGAAGAACGUGCAUGAAAUUUCAAGCAGGGUAUGAUCACAAAUUUGUCAGGGGAAGAAAGUCUCCCUCUUAUGAUAAAACUGAGCCCCUUAUUGAUGAUGUUAUAUCACAUAUUUUGAGACUGAGAGAUAAACUUGGAUGGCAGACAUCAUUACCAAGAUAUGGAUGUAUAGCUAAACCAACUGAUAAAAGAUAUGUACAGAAGAUAACAUUAUCGAUGGAUUCAUUACAGAAAGAUGAUGGAGAGUAUGUGUACUGUCUCAUAAGAAGCAGAGAUGAUCCCAGAGCAGUUUAUGAUCCUUAUGACCUUCAAGUAGUAUCAGCAAAUUUGGCUAGGCAAAGUAAAGAAUAUUGGACUGUUACAGCUUCAUAUAUUUCCCAGUUUACUUUGACGUGUGGAAAACAAGUAACACAAAUAAUACCAGUAAUGGAGUGGUUAUAUGAAAGGCAACUUUAUUAUGCAUUACGUGCUAUCAAGAUAUGUUUCAAUUUCAGAAAGAUUAAAUAUUUUAUCGGUUGGAAAAGUAAUGUAAAGAGAUCAAAAAUAAACAAGACCAAAAUGGUGAUGUACAAACAACUAUUUUUUGCUGAUGAGAUAUUACAGAGAUGUUUGCUUUAUAUCCAGACAUUGUGUGUGGAUGUGAGUAGUCCUCAGGGGAAUAUAGCUUCACAGGAUGUAGCUAUCCAUUUUAUAAAGAUAGACACAUCCUACACAUACACGUUGGAUGAAUUUUGUGAAAAACAAUAUCAGCAGGGUCAACAAGCUCUUAGUCAAGUACAAGCUUUUAAAGAUAAAGUAAUUAAAGUAAUUCAGAGCUCUUUCUUAAAGGUGGCACAAAUGGAAGGAGCAGAAAAGCUUUUUCAACAUUUUCCUGAUGAUUUCAAAGAGAAACCAAAACAUUUUGAGAUAGCUGGAUGGCGACACAUUAUGGAGAGAUUUUCUAGGUUUCUUCAGCUAAUUGAUAGGAUCUUUCAAGAACUACUUCGCAGAUUGAUUCACAAUGCUAUAAAUCUACUUUUGGAGAUAUUUAAAGCUUCCAGUACCAUGAUUACUCCAAAGAAGAAGAUGAAUGAAAGCCUGAUAAGAUCAUUUAAAAGAACAAUUGAGAGAGGAGAUGACUUAACAGUCGGUGAAAACCGAUGUCUGUGGAUGUAUCAAGACAAUUCUUUCCAAGGACUUCAGGAAUCAUCACACCAUUCAAAAAAACAUGAAACAAAGCGUGAAAUCAUUACCAUCAGUGAUAUAGACAAGAUACUUGAAGAAGUGAAAAGGGAGCUGAAAGGAGAGGAAGAAUAUUCAUCAACAUUUGAAGUAAAUAUAUGUCUGCGAAUUCCUUAUGAAAAGGACUACUAUGGAAAAUAUCAAAAUGAUGAUGAUGAUCUGCCAGAAACACCAUUAGAACCUGUGAAAGAAAAGUUAGAACACGGUGAAAAUUUUACUACUGUAUAUCAAUGUGACAGCAAAAGCAAAUGUGAAAUACAGACAGAAAGGACUACUUCUCAGGAGUUAAAUGCAUCCAGUAGUGAAGAACUAAUGAAAUCUAGGGGCCAAGAAUCUUUUUCUGAAUCCAACAAUGUACCAAUCAUAUAUGAGAGUUCUCCACUAUUCUGUACAGAUGUAUGUCUAAUUCCCAACAGAAGAGAGUUUUCUGUACAGUUGCAAGGAAUUUUGGAUGGACUGGAAAACAUUAUUGAUCAGAUUGAGCCAUUUUCUCAAGAUCCUCAGCUGUCAAUCUUCGUUGUUCAGUCUUUACAUAAAGUAAUGCAGUCAUAUGAGACUUAUGUUGGUCCUGAACCAGAACAGUAUUUUGCAGCAUGGCCACAUUGUGAUCUCAUUCUAGGAACAGAUCCAGAUUAUGAAAACAAAAUUCUGAGUCUUCUGUCUCUUCAGAGUUGUUCACUGGGCCAAGUUGAAUGUUACUGCAGAAAUUUUAUGGAAUUUUGUAAUAUGGUAGAUAAAGCAAAAAAUACAACUGACAAAAUAUCAGCACUAAGAAGAGAGAUGUCUACAGAUGAGUUUAGAAACAUUUUGGAAAACUAUACGAUUGAUAUAAAGGAGAUUGUGUGCAUGGUUGUUGAAAGGAGGAUCUCUAUGUUUAAUGUCAAAAGUUGCAACUAUCAGAAAGACUGCCUGCCAUAUUUUGAGGCUUUGCUUAAUAAAAUACAUCUCUGCUUCUAUGCAGCGAUGGAAGCAAAGAAUGCACAUCUUGUGGAAGUCACCAAAACAGCAGUAGCAAAGCUGAGCAAAGAACUAAUCACAGUGGAUGGAUUUAUUGAACAUUUGCUAUACCUCCAAGAAAUUACCACAAAACUACCCAAAAUAAAGAUGCAGUGUGACAAUCUUUCUGAGCUCUACUUUAUUGCAAACGACUACGACAUUUUUCUUCCACUUCAGCAACUAGCACUGUAUCAGACAGUUGUGCGAACACUCCAGAGUCUUCAAUCAACUGUCCUUAUUUGUGAAAAAAUGAAGGAUGAUUAUAUUAUAAAAUUCAGUGAAGGCUUGGUAGAAUAUAUUGACAAUCUGCAAGCUGAAAUGAGGGAAUACAAAAACAAAGUGAGAAACCCUGUUCUCCUCCUCAGUGAAACAUUGCCUAAGACAGCAAAAGAGAUGAUUGAGAGCCUCAUUGAAGAAGCAGCAGAAAUCAGUGAAAAAAUUCUAAAUUAUGCAAAUUACCAGACUGUUUUGGACAGCUCUGUUAGUGACAUGAAAUCACUGUCGUUGGAAAAAUUGUCACAUAGAGGUCAAUCUGGAGAUUUACAACGGGUGAAUGCUGAACUUGCUGAAAUUGAAAGUGAACUUACAUUGCGUAAAUUGUUGUGGGAUUCUCAGGAAGAGUGGGCCAAGCUUUUUGCUAGGUGGAAAUACACAAUUUUUUGGUUUCUUGAUGUCGAUUUAAUUCAAAAAGAUGUUAACAGGUUCAUUCAGAUCACACAUAUUCUUGAAAAAGGAUUGCCAGAAAAUACUAUUUUACCUACUCUGAAGAAGUCAUUGAUGGAUUUUAAGGAAUUCUUGCCUAUCAUUAUAGCCUUACGAAAUCCCAGUCUUCAGCCAAGGCACUGGGAAACUAUACAGAACAUUGUUGGACAGUCGCUUUGUUUGGAUAAAAGGCUUACCUUGGAUAAGAUUCUUGAACUUAAUAUGUUUCGGUGUAAAAAAGAAAUAACUGAAGUAUCUAUAACAGCUACAAAUGAAACAACUCUUGAAGUGAUGAUGAAAAAGAUAAUUGGACUUUGGUACAAAACUGAUUUUCAUUUAUCCCAGUAUCACACUGAAGCAUCAGCUAUUUCGAUUAUUUCAUCAGCUGAAGACAUAAUUGCUUUAUUGGAAGAUUCUCAAGUGACAAUUUCAACAAUUAAAGGUUCUUGUUUUGUUGGACCAAUUAAGACUCUUGUAGAUACUUGGGGUCGUAAGUUAAACCUCUUUUCUUGUACUUUGGAAGAAUGGUUGACUUGUCAAAGGAAUUGGAUUUAUCUUGAGCCUAUCUUUCAAGCUCCAGAAAUAAAAAGACAGCUUCCGGAAGAAGCAAGUCUUUUCUCUCAAGUUGAUAAUAAAUGGAGAGAAAUCAUGAAACGUACAGAAGAGCAUCCAAAUGCACUUAAGGCAGCUACAGCUGUGGGAGUUUUUGAAAUGAUGCAGAGCAACAAUGCAUGCCUGGAAAAAAUACAGAAGGCUCUUGAGGACUACCUUGAAGUUAAACGUAUGGUUUUCCCAAGAUUUUAUUUUCUCAGCAGUGCUGAACUACUUGAUAUAUUAGCUGAAAGUAAAAAUCCUGAUGCAGUACAGCCUCAUCUUGUGAAAUGUUUUGCAAAUAUAAGGAAAUUAUACAUACGUCCGCAAGAACAGAGACCUCCAGUGAUUCUAAUGAUCAGAUCUGCCGAAGGGGAAAUUCUUCUACUGCCAAAGAGUGUUCGUAUUAGAGGGCCUGUUGAACAAUGGCUAGGAACUGUUGAAAGCACCAUGUAUGAUAUGGUAAGAAAAUUUAUAACAGUUGGAAUUUCAGAAUGGGAUCAAAUGGAAUUUAAAGAAUGGUUUUUCACUCAUCCGGGACAAGUGGUAUUACUUGUGAGCCAAAUAAUGUUUACUCAAGAAUGUGAAGAAUGUUUGCUAAGUUCUAAUCCAAAAAAGGAGAUGAUAUCAGGCCGUGAUGAUCUAAUCAACCUUACAGAACAACUUUCAGAAAUAGCAUCAGAUGUUCUUCCCUACCACAAAGAAAGCACAUUGGAGGCAUUGGUUACUUUGUUCAUCCACUGUAGGGAGGUACUCACUACAUUGAUAGAUGAUGAAAUUCAGCACAUUGAAGACUUUGAAUGGACAAGGCAGUUGCAUUAUCAAUGGCAUGAAGCCUAUCCAUGUAGGGUUAUUCAAGGUUAUGCCUCCUUUGAAUAUGGUUAUGAAUACUUGGGAUGCUCUCCACGUUUGGUUAUUACCCCUCUCACAGACCGAUGUUGGUUAACUGUUACUGGAGCGCUACACCUGAAUUUAGGAGGUUGCCUUGCUGGUCCAGCUGGUACAGGAAAAUCAGAAACUGUUAAAGAUCUAUCAAAAGCUUUGGGAAAACUCUGUCUUUCCUUUAACUGUUCUGAAGGUUUGGAUGAUAAGGUGAUGGGGAAAUUGUUCUGUGGGCUAGUUCAGUCUGGAGCAUGGUGUUGUUUUGAUGAAUUCAACCGGAUUGAUAUAGAAGUACUUUCAGCAGUGGCUUCACAGAUUCAGACAAUCAAGGCAGCUAAAGACAGCUUCACUGUCAGAUUUGUAUUGGAAGGAAAAGAAAUUCGUCUGAAACCAUUUUGUGCAUUCUUUAUUACCUUGAAUCCUGGAUACAAAGGUCGUGUAGAACUCCCAGACAACUUGAAGUCAUUAUUUCGCCCUAUCUCCAUGAUGGUACCAGAUUAUGAACUCAUUGCUGAAAUAAUGUUGUUUUCAGAAGGUUUCAAAUCAGCAAAAUUACUUUCAGGAAAGAUAGUAGAUCUUUAUCAUCUUUCUAACAAGCAGCUGUCACAGCAGGAUCAUUAUGAUUUUGGCAUGAGAGCCAUAAAAACUGUGUUAAUAAGAGCUGGUCAGAAGAUACAAGAAUUUAAAAUCCAUAAUAAAAAGAAAAGAAUUUCUGCAAUGGAGGAAUCUCUCAUUAUAAUCAGUGUGCUGAAAGAAGUUAAUUUACCCAAGUUUCUAGCUGAUGAUGCUGCCUUAUUUGAAGAUAUUAUAACAGACCUGUUCCCAGGAAUGAAAGUUCCAAAAAUAAACCCCAAACGACUAGAGACUGCGAUAUCUCUUGCAAUACAGCAUUUACGUCUGCAGCCCUGGGAAAGUCAGAUAGAGAAAAUUAUACAAUUUUACAACCAAAUUUUAGCUCGUGUUGGUGUGAUGCUAGUAGGCCCUACAGGUGGAGGAAAGACUACCAUUAGAACAAUUUUAGAAAAAGCAUUGAUGAUCUUACCAUUAGUGGAUACAGAGAGUAGUACAAAGCUUGAUGUUCUUCAGAAUUCUUCAAAGAGAGGAAAAAUAGAUACUUUUGUUAUAAACCCGAAAUGUGUCACUCUUGGUGAACUUUUUGGAGAAACAAAUCCCAGCACAAUGGAAUGGUCAGAUGGUUUGCUGUCAUCAGCAGUUCGAAGUUUUGCAAAACUUGCAGUCAGAAAACCUAAAAAGAAAGACACAAAUCCGUGUAGAAAUUCUGAAAUGCUAGACUUAUAUACAUUGAAUACAGUGAACAUAUCUGAUGCUGUUCUAACUGAUGAAACACUGCAAUCAACAGAAAAUAUUAACUGUGAAACUAUUACUGAUUGGCAAUGGAUAAUCUUGGAUGGGCCAGUUGAUCCCAUUUGGAUAGAAAACUUAAACUCUGUGCUAGAUGAUACCAGAAUGUUAUGUCUUGCUAACAGUGAAAGGAUCUACUUAUCACCAGCAAUCAGAAUGAUAUUUGAAGUGGACAACCUCUCUCAGGCCAGCCCUGCUACUGUUAGUAGAUGUGCUAUGGUUUAUGUGGAUCCCACUGAUCUAGGAUGGAAACCAUAUGUCAAGACAUGGCUGGAAGGUUUUUCUAAGACGAUUGCAGAAAAUGAUAUUGAAUACCUUGAAAGUUUAUUUGACUGUAGUCUACAAAAAGGGCUAGACUUUCUGAAUGAACAUAAGAAAAUGCAAGCUUUCCCGGUACAACAGAUGGGAGUUGUAAUGAAUAUUUGCAGAAUUGUUGGUUCAUUCAUUCAUAUAAUUACACAAAGUGAAGAAUUACAAUGCAGUAGUAAAACAACACAAAGUACAGUGAGUUUCUCAACAGUGAUCCAGGACAAUGCUCCUCCAUUUUCAAAUAAAGCAACUUCAUUAAGUGGAAUAGUCCCAUCCAUAAUGAAGAAAAAAGAAAGUGCAAGAUGGUUUUGGGAGAAGCAACCUAAUAAACUGCUGGUAUUGUUAGGAAAACUAUUCAUAUUUGCAUUUACCUGGGCUGUAGGAGGAAUUUUAAGAAGAGAGGAAGAGCAUGAGGGUGAGACCCUAAUUGGUAUAAACACCAGUCAUGAUGACCUUGCAAAUGUGACCCGAGACUUCAAUUACCUUGUUCAUAAUAUAUUUGAAACAAAACCUCCUGCUAAUAUCCAGAUUCCAUCUGGAGACAAAACUGUUUUUGAUUAUUUUGUGGAUUUGCAAACAGGAGAAUUUGAGCCAUGGGGAAAUUUAGUUCCUAGUACACAGCUACUUAUUCAGAAAGAGACUUCAGACCUUUCAGAUUCUGACAAUAAAAUGACAGAAAACCAAGAAAAGAAAACAGAGACUUCUACAUUUGUUCCCAAUAUUGAUACAAUACGACAUAGUUUCCUAACAAGUCUCCUUUUACUGAAUAAACAUCCUGUACUGAUCAUAGGGGAUCCAGGUACUGGGAAGACUGAUAUGAUAGACUAUAUGCUGGGACGACUUCAGAAAGAAGGUGGAUUAAGUAUGAAAAUGGGAACGAUAUUAGGAGAGGUCUUUUAUUAUGGUGAAAUUCAAAAAACAAGCUCCUUCAGGUCAGAUACAUUUCAUAGUUCUCGGAAAACAACACGGAAUUCAACUAAAGACUUCUUUUCAGCUCUGAAUCUGGUCUUAGCAAGAGAAGAACCUGAUCUAGAAGGGCCAUCUUCAGAAAGUACAAGAAGUACUAUUAUUUCUAAAUUACAGUUGGGUGCCCGUACCAGUGCUGCCCAAACAAAGGGAUGGAUUCUUCAGAAAUUAAUACUCAAAAGUAAAGACAUCUUGGGUGCACCACACUCUAAACAGGUGCUACUUUUUAUUGAUGAUUUGAAUAUGCCAAUACCAGAAGAAUAUGGGUCCCAGCCACCACUUGAGCUAAUCCGACAAUUUCUAGAUCUGGGAGGAUUUUAUGAUACCAGGCACCUUGAAUGGAAACAUAUUCAAGAUGUUUCUUUGGUUGCAUGUUGUACACCCCCCAGUGAGGGAAGUAAUGACAUUAGUGCUCGUCUUCUAACACAUUUUUGUACAUUACUUUUGCCUGCAACAUCUUUACAAUCUUUGCAGCGUAUUUUCCAGGUCCGUCUAGGAACAUAUUUUUACAACAACAGAUUCAUGGUUGAAGUUCAGAAAUGCAAGGACUACUUAACAUGUUCAUCUAUUGCUUUGUACUAUAGAAUGUUUCAUAAAAUGCGUCCAACUCCAGCUAAAUGCCAUUACACAUUUAACUUGAGAGAUCUUUUCAAAGUGCUUGAAGGGUUGCUCCAAGCCCAUCGAUCUGUCAUUGUCUCAAAAGAAACAACAGCUUUGUUUUUUGUGCAUGAAGCAGCCCGUGUUUUUCAUGAUCGCUUGAUUGAUUCUUCAGAAAAAGAGAUUUUCUACCACUUUCUUUCCAAUGAGCUCAAUAAUUAUUUUAAGAUUUCUUGGACAAAAGAAAAAUUGAUGGAAGAUUCACCGAUAUUUGUGGAUUUUCUGGAUUUAAACGCACCUGUGGAAAAGAGAAUUUACAGAAACAUUACCAACCAGAAGCGUCUUCUUUUGACACUAGAAGACUGCUACAUGAGAAUGCAGGCUAUGAAGCCUGAGAGUGCUUCCAUAGUAUUUUUCAAAGAAGCUGUACAGCAUAUAACGAGAGCAGCAAGAAUUUUUCGACAAGAGGGUGGUCACAUGACACUUAUUGGUCUAGAUGGAAAUGGAAAAGUAACCUGUGCAUCCCUAGCCUGUUACUUGUCUGACUGCAGCCUCUACAGGUUAUCUAUUACUUGCAAUUACAACUCUGUAAAUUUUAGAGAAGACCUUAAGAAAGUCUAUAAACAAGCAGGUCUGGAAGGCAAGAGGAUAGUUUUUCUCAUCAGAGAUUCUGAAAUAAUCCAGGAGACAUUUUUAGAAGAUCUGAGUUGUAUUCUAAAAUCAGGACAGGUGCCUAACUUAUUUGAAAAAGAUGAGUUGGAUAAUAUUAUUAUAGCACUUACUUCUGCUGCUGAAAAGGUUGAACAUUCCAACAGCAUAGAAGAUAUAUAUUCGUUUUUCUUACAGAGGGUACAUAGCAAUCUUCAUGUAGUUUUGACAAUAAGUCCUGCAGGAAUGGUCUUUCGUCAACGUUGCCGGACAUAUCCUGCUAUUGUUAACUGCUGUACAAUUGACUGGUAUGAAGACUGGCCUGAAGAAGCCCUUUGCCAUGUUGCAAAACAUUAUUUUAGUUAUGAUGAUACAUAUGGAAAUGAGAAUUUCAGAAAUCUGCUUGUUGAUGUAAGUGUUAACAUUCAUAAAAAUGUAUCUGUAAUAAUUGAGAAGUACUUGAAAGAAACUAAAAGGCACUACUAUGUUACUCCCAAUGGCUACCUGCAUUUCAUAAAAACUUUUUCAACUAUAUUGCAAUCAACUAAAGAAAAAACGGUGAGGGACAGAACUUGCUAUCAUUCUGGUCUGACCAAAAUUUUGGAAGCAACCUCACAUAUUACAGACAUGCAAGAUGAAUUAUUUCUCCUUGGUCCUCAAAUAGAAAAGAAGUCACAGGAAAUAGAGGAACUUGUGGAAAAACUUCACAAAGAUGCAAAAGUGGUGGAGCAAGUUCGAACUAUUGUUAAACAGGAUGAAGAAAACAUGGCUGCAGAAACACGUAUUGUGGAAGAGUAUGCCAAGCAAGCAACAGAUGAGCUCAAUGUUGUGUUGCCUUCUCUUGAGAAAGCCCUUAAUGCUCUCGAUUCACUUGACAAAACCCACAUUGCAGAAUUGAGAGUGUACACUCGCCCUCCUCCACUUGUAUUAACUGUCAUGAAUGCAGUUUGUAUUCUUCUUCAAAAGAAGCCAAACUGGACAACAGCAAAAUUGCUACUUGCAGACCCUGGGUUCCUUAAGAAGCUGGUUACUCUUGACAAAGAUAAUCUACCAGAAAAGGUGUUUAUGCAUUUGAAAAAAUAUAUUAAGUCACCUGACUUCAAUCCAGUGAAAGUGGGACUUGUGUCUGUUGCUUGUUGCUCCAUGUGUCAAUGGAUUUUAGCUUUGGAUCAUUAUCAUAAUGUUAAAAAGUUUGUAGAUCCAAAGCAAGCAAAAGUGGCAGAAGCCGAGGAACUAUUAAAGCGAGCAAUGAAAAAAAUGGAGGAAAAACAAAGAAGUUUAGCGUUGAUUGAACAACAUCAGCAAAAUUUAGAAGCACGUUAUGGAGAAAGUAUUGCUGAGCAAGAAAAGCUAGCCGCUCGAAAAGAUCAAACAACUCGCCGUUUACACAGUGCUUCUAUAUUAAGCACAGCCUUAAAAGAUGAGAUGGAACGCUGGAAGGAAUCUGUUAAUAAUUUUGAUCAAAGAUUGCAGGGAAUCAUGGGUGACGCCUUUGUUUCAGCAGCUUGUGUUGUCUACAGUGGAGUGUUAUCAGCAGGGUAUCGUCAACAGCUAGUGGAUGAAUGUCUCAGACUUUGCUGUGAAAGCAAUAUUCCUGUUUCUCCAUAUUACUCACUAGUAAACUGCAUGGCAGAAAAAAACGAGGUCCGUAAGUGGCAAAAUGCUGGUUUGCCACUUGAUCAGUAUUCCACAGAAAAUGCUAUACUUGUUAAGUAUGGACAAAGAUGGCCUCUGCUAAUUGAUCCAGAAAGACAAGCUUACAAAUGGAUACAUGAAAUGGCAGGUGACAAGCUGCAAGAGAUUUGUGCUACAGAUGCUUCUUAUUUAAGAAAACUUGAAAAUUGUAUGCGCAUUGGUGAAUCAGUCCUGCUGCAGGAUCUUACUGAAACAUUGGAUUCAAAUAUAAAAUCAAUCUUAAAAAAAGAAAUUUUUAACAAAGGAGGACAAGACUUCAUCAGAAUAGGUGAUUCAAAAAUUGAGUACAACAAAAACUUUAGAUUAUACAUGACAACACGGAAAGCCAACCCCCAUUUUCUACCUGCAAUAUGUAAUGCUGUGACCAUGAUAAAUUUUACUGUAACAUUCCAAGGUUUGCAAGAUCAGCUUUUGUCUGCUGUUGUAAUUAAGGAAAAACCUGAGCUGGAACAAAAGCGUUGUGAGUUACUAGAAAGUAUAUCUACAGAUCUAGUAACACUUCGUGAACUCGAAGAAAAAUCACUCAUACUUCUGCAAAAAACAGAUGGACACCUUCUAGAUGACCAAGACCUCAUUGACAAUUUACAGAGAACAAAAGUCACCUCAACAGAGAUUUUUGAUCGGGUUGAAGCAUCAGCAGCAACAGAAGCUACAAUACAAACACUGCGUGAAAGCUAUCUUCCUAUUGCAAAUCGUGGUGCUGUGCUCUACUUUGUAGUAUUGGAUCUUGUUCAUAUUAACUAUAUGUAUCAGUUUUCACUGGAGUGGUUUCGUAAGAUCUUUGCAGAUUCCAUAGAUGAUAUAGCCAGACAAAAAAGUGAGGAUUUUCUGAGUGCUUCCAGCAGUUCAAGAAUUUUUAAGAGACAUAGUAGACAUUUCACCAAAGACAUCUGUGAAGAAACGCAAAGUCAGACAGACUAUUUCAAAAUACAUGUUAAUGAUAUAAUUGAGAAGUUAACAAGUAAUGUUUUUAAGACAGUGACUUCAGCUCUGUUCAGUGAAAAUCAACUCUGCUUUGCUUUUCUACUGUGCACAGCAAUCAUGAAAAAUAAUAGUGAUGAAAAUCAAUUUAAUAAUAAUCUUGGAUUUAUACAAGAAAAUGAGUGGAACUUUUUUCUGCACUCCAGCAUUAUGGCAAAUAUGGACACACAAGACACAGGAAAUAUUGGUCCAUACACAUGUAUAACAUCUCCUCCACUCCACUGGAUUACUGAAAUUAUGUGGAAAGAAUGCCUGUACAUGAGUACCCACAUGCCAGCCUUUAGCCAGUUGUGUGAUUCUCUUUUAUCAAAUUCUCAGCAAUGGAGAGCCUUUCUGAACAGUCAGAAUGUAUAUUACCUGAUCAGUACACAUUAUAGACCGGUGCCAUUACAGCAAGAGUCCCAGUUGGAAAUGCUAAGAGAUGAUCAAGAUAAGGCACCUUUAAUUUUUCCUUGGCAUAAGCUUUCUUCAUUUGGAAGACUUAUCUUGAUAAAAGUCCUUCGAUUAGAAAGCUUAAACAGUGCAGUACGAGAAUUUGUAAUUGAGAAGUUAGGAUCCAGAUAUAUCUGGACUGGAGUAAUUAAUUUGAAAUCAGUAUACGAAGAAUCUGAUUCCACAACUCCAAUAAUUCUCAUCCAUACUCAUGGAGUAGACAUUGCAGCUGUUCUUCUGCGCCUUGCUCAGGAAAUCAAAGGAAAUACACAACAUGUGAAAAUGAUUUCUCUGGGACGUGGUCAAGGGAGCAAAGCUGAAGAACUGGUAUACAAAUCACAGAUAUUGAAAGGACAGUGGGCAUUUCUCCAGAAUUGUCAUCUUGCUGCUUCAUUUAUGCCUAGACUCUGCACAAUUUUUGAUUCGUUAGACCAAGCACACACAGACAUUGAUCCAGAAUUUAGACUAUGGUUAAGUUCAACACCAGAUAAUUCUAUUCCUGUAUCCAUCUUGAGAAAGAGCCUAAAGAUAGUUAUUGAGGCUCCUCAAGGAUUAAAAGGAACAUUACUUCAGACAUUUGGAUUGGGUGGUACUGGAUUGGUAACAGAAGCCAUAUUCAAUAAGAUUAACUGUGGGCCAUCAUGGAAAACGUUGCUCUUUAGUCUAUGUUUCUUCAAUGCUGUAGUCCAUGAGAGAAAGAAAUAUGGAGCUUUGGGCUGGAAUAUUCCAUAUGAUUUUAGCUCUUCAGAUUUGGAGAUUUCCAUCCACAUACUGGAAAUGCUUCUGGAGAAGCAAAGCGAGAUUCCUUGGGCAGCACUGCAUUAUUUGACUGGAGAAGUGGUAUAUGGAGGUCGUGUAACUGACCACUGGGACCGCCGGUGCUUGCUUAGUAUUUUGGACAACUUUUACAAUCCUUCAGUGCUGCAAGAAGAUUUUGCUUAUUCUGUGGAUUGGGUAUAUCGACCGAUAUCUGAAACAGAUACUUUAAAAGACUGCCGAACCUAUCUACGUUCUCUACCAGAAGCUGAUUCUCCAGAACUUUUUGGAAUGCAUCAUUGCGCUGAAAAAGUAUACUUAAAAACGCAAGCACAGUUAUUUGUUGAGUCAGUUGUCAGUACUCAGCCAGCGAUCAGCACAGGCACCAUCAUCAGUGGUGGAAGAAAUCAGGAUGAAAUAAUAUUGGAAAUAGCAGCUGACAUUUUAAUUAGAUUGCCAUUGACUGUAGAGGAUUUAGGACAAGCACCUGACACUGAUGAUGAAGUCACUAAGAAAAUUACGUUUAGAAACUUCAAGUUGGGUCCAGUUUGGGCUACACUUGUGAAAGCUGCAGAAGGACCUUGUUCUUUUACCAGUUCAACUUUGCUAACUGUCUUGCAACAGGAGAUAGACCAUUAUAAUACUUUACUAUCCAUAAUUAUUCAGUCCUUACAUACACUUCAGCAAGGUAUCAAAGGUGAUAUAAUUUUCACCACAGGACUAGAGGAGCUUUAUAAUUCAAUAUUGAAAGCCAAAGUACCUAAACUGUGGCAGCAACAUUCCUAUGAAUCAUAUAAACCCUUGGGAUCUUGGAUUGAUGACCUCAUUAUACGACUGAAUUUCUUUGCCAUGUGGGCAAAUCGAGUUAUCACCUUUAUGAAGUCCAGGUUUAAUCAUUUAGCGAUGCUUCAGAGGCAAACCAAAACAAUGCUUCAGACUGGUGAAGAAACUGACUUCAGUAACAACUACAAAGGACACCCCAAUUGCUUUUGGCUUCCAGGUUUCUUUUUCCCACAUGGAUUUCUUACCGCUGUUCUUCAGAAUUAUGCUCGGCAGAAUGAAAUACCCGUUGAUACCCUUACUUUUGUCCAUAAAGUUCUGGCAUUUACUGAGGAUGAGGAACAAAAUCUUAGAAACUUCAAGAGAAAAGAAACCAUAUUAAACAAAGCCUUUACGGACCCUUCUCCGUGUGAAACUGGAAUUAGAAUUUAUGGCUUAUACAUAGAUGGUGCAUGCUGGAGUCCUAUUACAAAGUCAUUGGAAGAGCCUGAACUUCAUGAGAGAUUUUAUGCACUACCAGACGUACUUUUUCUACCAGAAAAGGUGGAAUUGAACUCAAGAUGCCAUUCUUUAGAAGAGGAAACAGACAUGCUCCAUUAUGAGUGUCCAUUGUAUAGAACACCUCAAAGAUUGGGAAUGCUGUCUUCUACAGGUGUAUCAACUAAUUUUGUAACAGCAGUCAAUUUACCAUCUCUGGUUGCUCCCAGUCACUGGAUAACAAGAGGAGUUGCUCUGUUAUGCCAAUUAGAUGACUGAAAACCUCCACCCUCCAGGAAGUUAGCAAUGAUGGCAAAUCCCCUCUGGCAUACUUAGUUAUGCUUUAUCUUGUUAUGC